AUGGCAGCGGCAGGACCAAAUAUUACAUUUGAAGUGAAUAAGCAGGCAGCUCGUUAUAACGGACUUUCUAGUUGGCUUACUUGUCCACCUACUGUUCCAUCGGAGGUUGGACGUGACGAACUUAAUAAGGAGCUUGAUCGGUUGGAAUCCAAGGGAAGUGAGAUGACAGAAGCAGAUCAACAAAAAUACAGGCAGUUAGUGGAUGAGCUUGGUAAAAUUCGGGAACCAUUGUUUUUCAAGUCUUCGCGUCUAGUUAAGCCACAAAACCGGGAAGACGUUAGUACAUUGAAUAUUAGCAAAGAAAAAGAGGAGGUUGACGUUGGUACCAUUCCUGAAAAAGGAAAUUCUCAGACGGAACACUGUUCUACGGAUUCAAGUAAGUUUUGCGCCAUAGUUGUUAUAGUGCAGUUUUUUUUUUUGAGGAAAGGAUUUAAGAUGUUUGUCAAUAAAGUGAUAGAUCACAUAAGUAGCAUCAAGGUGUAUCGUGAUCCGAGAUUGAAAAGGUUAAAUGAGAUCCAGGCAAGGAAAAAUGCAUCUCAGUCAAAUGUACGAAUUGACGGUGCUAAUCUUGGUUUUCGUGAGAAAAUGAGGCUAUUUGCUGAGCAAGCUGGCGAGAUGUCAUUGAAAAACCGGUAUAAGACAUCGUCAGCACAACGCGAAAUUGAACAAUCCCUUGAUUGA